AUGUCUGAGAACGGCGAUGCUGAAGCCAUGAGCGAGUAUGCAUCCGUGGACGACCUUCAGUCCCACGGUAUCAACGUCCAGGACAUCCUCAAGCUGAAGGCGGCCGGGAUCGUCACGGUGCUGGGUGUCUCUCAGACCACCAGGAAGAACCUUCUCAAAAUUAAGGGCUUAUCAGAGGUAUAUGUGGACCAGCCACUCACACGAAACUUUCCGAAAGCAGCCGCUGAUUUCCAUCAGGCCAAGGUGGAGAAGCUGAAGGAAACCGCGACGAAGAUGCUGCCUCCUCUUUUCCAGACAGCCGCCGAAGUAUCCGAGCGAAGGCAGAACGUCAUCCAUAUCUCAACCGGGAGCAAGACGGCCGACACCAUGCUCGGCGGCGGAAUUUCUACUCAAAGUAUCACAGAGGUCUAUGGAGAGUAUCGUACGGGGAAGACCCAACUUUGCCAUACGCUCUGCGUUACGACCCAGCUUCCAGAGGAUCAGGGUGGAGCUAGCGGAAAGGUCGCCUACAUCGAUACAGAGGGUACCUUCCGUCCAGACCGUGUCCGAGACAUCGCGGACCGCUUCGGAGUCGAGCCUGAGAUGGUCCUGGAGAACAUCCUCACUGCUCGUGCUUGGAGCUCGGAGCAGCAGUGUGACCUUCUGGUGGAGCUUGCUCAGCGGUUCGUUGACGAUCGGAGCUACAAGCUGCUUAUUGUCGAUAGUAUUAUGAACCUCUUCCGUCAGGACUACUCCGGUCGAGGAGAGCUCUCUGAGCGUCAGCAGAAACUCAACCAGUUUCUCGCUCGGCUCCAAAAGAUCGCAGAGGAGUUCAACGUCGCUAUCCUCAUGACCAACCAAGCAUCUGCUAUGUUUGCUGCUGCUGCGACGGUCAAGCCGGUUGGAGGACACGUUCUCGCCCAUGCCUCCGCAACUCGCAUGCAGCUUCGCAAGGGUCGAGGCGAAGAGCGUAUCGCCAAGCUGCAAGACUCGCCUGAUAUGCCCGAGUCGGAGGCGGGGUACAAGCUGGCUAAAGGGUGA